GAUGUAACACAGAUAUGAACAAGAUCGAGCUGAUUAAGUUAUCUGAGUAUGACAACCGUCUGCCGAGUCUAGAAACCUUUCUUACCGAACUGGAGAACAUGGACCACAUUGAAUGCUCUAUGAAAUGCUUGAUGGACAAACUUGAGUGUGUAGGAAUUUUCUACAACGCCUUGACUAAAUUCUGUAAACUUCCAACAAAUCAUCCAAACGAAUCGAUGCUCUACGAUGUUCAAUCUGGUUGGGAGUUCUGGAAGAAUAUAGGAUGUGACCACGGCUGGCUUUAUCAUGCACACCACUGCUAUUUCCUCAGUCAUAGACAAACGUCUUGGCAUGACGCUAAG